AUGGACCACUCAAUCAUCCGCAUCACAAAGGAGCUGGCAGACAUGCAACGGUCUUCUGAUCUCUCCAUUGCCGUUGCCUGUCGCGAUGUCGAUGUGCGUAAUGUAAAGGCGCUCAUCAUCGGUCCUCACGAAACCCCAUACGAAUUCGGCUUUUUCGAAUUUGCCAUCAAAAUUCCCAAGUCCUACCCAUCAACCGCGCCAUCAGUGCAGUGCCUUACGACGAAUGGUGGGCGCUGUCGCUUCAACCCGAACAUAUAUUCCAAUGGAAAGGUUUGCCUAUCCAUCUUAGGGACCUGGAGAGGUGAACGAGGCGAACAAUGGUCAUCUGCCCAGGGUAUGGAAUCUGUUCUGUUAUCGAUCCAGAGCCUCAUGUCUGCAAAUCCGUACGAAAAUGAGCCUGGAUACGAUAAAGCCAACGAUGCAGAGGAUAAACAGAGGCAAAAAGCUUAUGUUCAGAAGAUUCGCCAUGAAACCUUAAGGAUCUCCGUCAUUCAACGCUUGGAGGAGUAUCUGAACUUGAAGUCAGAUGGAACUGGAAACCUGCCACCAAAGCUCAGCGAUGACUCGGAUGUCGAUGAGGCGACAGUAGCGUUCGAGCCGUUCAAGGAUCUCUUCAAGCGACGCUUUCUCUGGUAUUUCGAGUCUUAUAUGGCGGCUGUUCGGCUCGGUAAAUCGGAGACCAAGGAUGGUACGCGCUUCCAGUCGAUGCCAUUCGAACACAAGGGGAGCAACUGCAUGGAGGGCAGCUUCAACUACACACAGCUCGAACGCCGCCUUUUGAAUGUCAAGGCGGCUCUUGACCAGGAGCUUACUUGCUGGGCCGCAGAUGGCCUAGCUGCAAAACUCAGUGACUCAACUGUAGCUGUGAACCUGGGACAUCAAUUCGACCGAAUGGUUGCCCAUCUCAAACGAGGAGACGUGCCCCAUAGUGUGGCCCUGGAAAACGACAACCCUUUUAUCUGGAUUUUAACAUACUUUGGACGUCCUAUGACGAAGUUCGACGGUGGCAUCGUUCGAAUCAAGCUGCACUUCAGCCCUCAAUUCCCCAAUGAGCAGCCACGCGUCAUCUUCCAAUCCAAGAUCUUUCACCAUCAAAUUGCACCGGAUGGCACAUACUGCUAUAACCCACCUACCAGCGCAGUGGCCGAUGUACGCACUCAUAUUGAGGCCAUUGUGGCGGCUCUCGAAGAUGAUGAGCCGGCGUACGACCCGCGAAAAACCGUCCAUCCUGAGGCGACCAAGCUAUAUUGGAGCCAAGUACCCGACGAGAAGAAGCAGUAUAACCGAAGACUGCGUCGAUCUGUACAAGAUAGCAUGGAGGACUUUCCUGAAUAG